AUGGCCAGUGCUGCACCGACUGCUUCAUCCACUAAAGAGACAACAAACUAUGCCAGGUUGUGCCGUCUGCUGGUUGAUAUUGGAACCCAGGCUCUUCGAGACACAUUGAACCCUCUCCAUCCACCAGCAAAUCUAUACACAGUUUUGGCGGAAAACGAACCCACCUUACAAUCUCUCAAAGCAAAGAGGAUUAUCAAUCCAACACAAUGGGGGAAGCUUUUCCCUGCCAUCCCUAACUCAGUAUCGACACAUUCAUUCGAUACUACUCUAUUGAUGAUUCUGUUACGAAACCUGUGCGGCUUUACUGCUCCGCUGACCGGUUGGGACGCAUUGCCUGCCGUAACAGACCUCAGCAGGGAAGCGGACAUUGCCCGAGUUAAGUAUUUUAGGAACACCGUGAACGGUCACGCUGAGAAUGCUUCUGUUGAUGACGUGAAGUUCAAUGAAUACUGGCUUGACAUCAGGGACACUCUGGUCAGACUGGGAGGCGUCACUUAUGGAGCUGCUAUUGACGAUCUUAGAAAAGAGUGCAUGGACCCUGAAGCUGAAGAUCACUACAUGGAACUACUGGGUGAGUGGAAAAAGGACGAGGACAACAUUAAAGAUCAACUGAACGAAAUA